CUUUGGAUACGGCGUAAGACACCCUCAUAAUCCCUGCACUAGGCUCCCAGGCUCCGGACCCGAACCCCCUCCGAGCACUGUCAGACCGGAUAAGGUGCCCUGACAGCGGCGUACACAGCCACAGAGAGCCGCUCCUCCUCCGGCUCUGCUCCUCCGACUCUCGCUCUAGGGUCGCAUAGACAGCAGCAGGUUUUUAAUUUCAGGAAGAAGUGCGAGCGAUAUGGAGCGGGCGGGCGUAGAGGAGUUAGCGAAGGAAUUUUAAAACAACCGAGUUUGGAGCCAAAGGAGCGGAGGAGUAGCACAGAAGCUCGGGGAAGAACGCAGGCAAGAUGGGGUUGAAGUGCAGCACGCUCCGCACCCUCAUCAGCAGAUAUUGUGUGGGGGAGGAGAACUGGGUGGACAGUAGAACCAUUUACAUCGGACACAAAGAGCCUCCUCCAGGAACUGAAGCCUUCAUCCAGCAGCGUUUUCCAGACAACCGGAUCACCUCAUCAAAGUACACCUUCUGGAACUUCAUCCCCAAAAACAUGUUUGAACAGUUCAGAAGAGUUGCAAAUUUCUACUUUCUCAUCAUCUUCCUAGUUCAGUUAAUAAUUGACACUCCAACGAGUCCAGUGACCAGUGGACUGCCUCUGUUCUUUGUCAUCACUGUCACCGCCAUCAAACAGGGCUAUGAGGACUGGUUAAGACACAAAGCUGAUAACUCCAUAAACCAGAGUCCAGUUCAUGUGGUGCACAACGGAAAAGUGAUCCGCAAACAGAGCCGCAAACUACGGGUUGGAGAUGUGGUAUUUGUUAAAGAGGACGAGACAUUUCCCUGUGACCUCAUAAUGCUCUCCUCCUCCAGACAAGAUGGAACCUGCUUUGUUACUACAGCCAGUUUAGAUGGAGAGAGCAGCCACAAGACGUAUUACGCAGUGCAGGACACUAAAUCCUACAGCACAGAGCAGGAGGUUGACUCUAUCCAUGCCACUAUCGAGUGUGAACAGCCCCAGCCCGACCUCUACAAAUUUGUGGGUCGCAUCAACGUUUACAUGAACAACGAACCAGUGGCCAGACCACUAGGCUCAGAAAACCUGCUGCUAAGAGGAGCCACUCUGAAAAACACAGAAUUCAUCUAUGCUGUGGUGAUUUACACAGGGAUGGAGACCAAAAUGGCUCUAAAUUAUCAGUCCAAGUCUCAGAAAAGAUCUGCGGUUGAAAAGUCGAUGAACUCGUACUUGGUGGUGUACUUGUUCAUUCUGAUCGGUAAAGCUUUAGUGAACACUUUACUGAAGUACGUUUGGCAGGCUGAUCCGAACCGCGACGAGCCGUGGUACAACCAGCGCACCGAGGUGGAGAGAGAGAGGCACAUCAUAAUCCGAGCUUUCACAGACUUCCUUGCGUUCAUGGUGCUGUUUAAUUACAUCAUCCCCGUCUCCAUGUAUGUUACUGUGGAGAUGCAGAAGUUUCUGGGCUCUUACUUCCUGAUGUGGGACGACGAGAUGUUUGACCCCGACUUAGGAGAGAGAGCAGUGGUCAAUACAUCUGAUCUCAACGAAGAACUGGGACAGGUGGAGUACGUGUUCACAGAUAAAACCGGGACUUUAACAGAAAACAACAUGGAGUUCAUCGAGUGCUGCAUUGGAGGAAGUGUGUAUGUGCCUCAUGCUAUCUGCAACGGACAGGUGAUGUCAGGAGCUGGGAUGGACAUGAUUGAUACUUCACCUGGUCCAGAUUCUAGAGAUGCAGAGGAGCUAUUUUUUCGCGCUCUGUGUCUCUGUCACACCGUGCAGGUGAAGGAGGAGGAGACGGUGGAUGGGAUCAAACAUGGUUGCCAUCAGGGGAAGUCCUCCUCCUUUUACAUCUCCUCUUCUCCAGACGAGGUUGCUCUAGUCGAGGGCAUGAAAAAACUGGGUUUCACGUAUCUGCGGCUCAAAGACAGCCACAUGGAGAUCCUCAACAGAGAAGACGAAAUCGAAAGGUUUGAGCUGUUAGAAGUCCUGACGUUUGACUCAGUCCGAAGAAGAAUGAGUGUCAUUGUCAGAGCCUCCUCGGGAGAGUUGUUCCUGUUCUGUAAAGGUGCAGACUCUUCCAUAUUUCCUCGUGUGGUCUCAGGGAAAAAAGAAGAAGUCCAAGCCCGAGUCGAACGCAACGCUGUGGAGGGCUUGCGUACCCUGUGUGUGGCCUACCGUAGGCUCUCCUCUCAGCAGUACUCUGAAGUGGUUGCUCUGCUUAGAGAGGCUCGUUUGGCCCUACAGGAUAGAGACAAGAGACUGGCAGAGGCUUAUGACAAGAUCGAGACUGAACUGAUACUACUGGGAGCGACCGCAGUGGAGGACAGACUGCAGGAGAAAGCAGCUGAUACCAUUGAGUCUCUGCACAAGGCCGGGAUGAAAGUAUGGGUGCUGACGGGGGACAAAAUGGAGACUGCCGCUGCCACGUGUUACGCCUCCAAACUGUUCAGACGCAGCACGCAGAUCCUGGAGCUGACCACCAAGAGAACUGAGGAGCAAAGCCUUCACGACGUGCUCUUUGACCUGAGCCGAACCGUCCUCAGACAUCAGGGAACCAUGACCAGGGAGACAUUCUCUGGGUUGUCUUCAGAUUUUGGGGACUUUGCAGACUUUGGUCUGAUCAUAGAUGGCGCCACACUCUCUGCAGUCCUCAGACCGCCUCAAGAGGACUCAAACUCUGGGAAUUAUAAGGAGAUAUUUCUGGAAAUCUGUCGAAACUGCAGUGCUGUGCUCUGCUGCCGGAUGGCACCGCUGCAGAAGGCUCAGAUUGUAAAGUUGAUCAAAACAUCUAAAGAGCAUCCAAUCACGUUGGCGAUUGGAGAUGGAGCCAAUGACGUCAGUAUGAUCCUAGAGGCACAUGUCGGUAUCGGUAUCAUGGGUAAAGAGGGCCGACAGGCUGUGAGGAACAGUGACUAUGCCAUCCCAAAGUUUAAACACCUCAAAAAACUGCUCCUGGUGCACGGACACUACUACUACAUCCGAAUAUCCGAGCUCGUGCAGUACUUUUUCUACAAGAAUGUAGUGUUCAUCUUUCCUCAGUUUUUGUACCAGUUUUUCUGUGGAUUCUCACAACAGCCUUUGUACGACACGGCCUUCCUGACCCUGUACAAUAUCAGUUUCACGUCUCUGCCUAUUCUGGCAUAUAGCCUCAUCGAACAGCACAUAAACAUGGACAUACUGAAGAAGGACCCUACACUCUACAGGUACAUAGGGAAGAACUCCUUACUAAGAUGGCCGACAUUCAUCUACUGGACUGCUCUGGGUGUUUACGAGGCUGUGGUCAUGUUCUUUGGAGCCUACUUCCUGUUUGAUAACACCACCUUCACUAGUAAUGGACAGAUGUUUGGAAACUGGACUUUUGGGACAUUGGUCUUCACUGUUUUGGUUUUCACUGUCACUUUUAAGUUGGCGCUGGACACUCACUAUUGGACGUGGAUCAGCCAUUUUGUGAUCUGGGGCUCGCUGCUCUUCUAUAUUGUCUUUUCUCUGCUCUGGGGAGGCAUCAUCUGGCCGUUCCUGAACUACCAGCGCAUGUAUUAUGUCUUCAUGCAGAUGUUGUCGAGUGGUCCGGCCUGGCUCAGUAUUAUUUUGCUCAUUGCUGCCUGUUUAGUGCCCGAUGUGGCCAAGACUGUUCUGUGGAGGGCGCUAUGGCCUACCACCACAGAGAAGAUACAGAGAGCGGAUCGCCUGUACCAGGGACACCUCUCGGACUUCACCCCACUCUCCUCUCUCCGUCCUGGGCUAAACUCUGACUUAGAUUCCCCCCGUGUCCUGGAGGCCCAGAGGAGCAGGUCUGGACACAACGUAAAGAAAGUCAUGUUCACCAGGUGGCGCUAUAGAGGCUUCACAGAUUACUGCAGCUUCACUCCUCUGCUGCCCCAGUUCAGUCCUGGGACUAAGUACGGAGGGACUGGGCGCGAGGAGAGGGUUUAGACAAGGACUAGACCAACACAGAACCAGGACUACACCAUGACUGAACCAGGACUAAACCAGAUAGCACUGCAGUUUGUCAGCAGUACCAAACUGUCUACAGUAACUGCUGUGUCCAAAACUUUACCCAAACAUAAACUGUCCUUCAGGGAGACUCCGUUUCUCAGCAGAACUACAGGUGCCGUUUACGCGACAGUCGGCUAAAGACACACUCACCCCGGACUGUAGGCCACAGGCACAUGCCCACAGGAGACUGUACGGGCGACUGUUGGAUUAGUCCCAAUUUAGUCCAGGCUUAGUCCAGAUUUAGUCCAUGUUUAGUCUAGGCUUAGAUCAGGUUUACUCCAACUUCAAUUCUGCUUCACUCCUUGAUAAGACUUAAGAUGCAUUCAAUUAGAACCAAACCAGGAGAGGAAAAAGUCUUAGUUUAGUCCCUGGUCUAAGUCCCUAGUUCACCAAGUCUAAAUCAGGACAGUACUUGGACUUUCCUAGGACUACAUCUGGACUACAGCAGGGCUUGGUUCAGAUCUAAACUAAACCAGGACUAAAUUAAGACUUGACAGUUAUUAGCACUUACCUUCUAUAACCAUUUAAACUAUUUUAAAUCAGAAAUGGAACUGGAAUAAGACCAGGUCUUACGAACUAAACUGAAGUGUCCUUGAACACCUCACAACUCACAGGAUUCUAGGAAAGAUGUCAAACACUGUAAAAAAAAAAAAAAAAAUGCACUGGAUUUGUUUAAUUUAAUUUGUUUAUGAAAUGUUUUUGAAAAUAUUACUUUUUUAUAUAUAUAAAAUGACUCUAAUGCUGAACUUUACAAGCUAAUUGUAUUU